AUGUUUGAAUUUAACAGAACGAAAAAGAUCAAAGCGAGAGAAACGUGCAGUUCAGCUCAAAAAAACAUAAUGUUUCUGAAGACGCACAAAACUGGAAGCAGCACAAUCACGAACAUUCUCAAUAGGUUUGCCGAUCGGCACAACUUAACCGUUGCGCUGCCCAUGGACGGAUUUUAUCACUUCCUGUGGCCUCUGCCAUUCCAAACUGACUUUGUACAGAACCGGGUUCCUCGACCGAAUAUACUUUCAAAUCACGCGCGCUUUGAUGCCAAAUCGCUUGCGGAACUGUUGCCAGAUACAACAAAAUAUAUUUCAAUCUUGAGGCAUCCUGCUACGCAGUUUGCCUCCCUGUUUCAGUUUAUGGAUUUGGGCGGGUUGCUCGCUGCGAAUGGAAAUCGAAAAUCCAUUUCCUUGGAGUAUUUUCUCGAUAAUGCCUUCGAGAUACUCAGUUCUCUAAAUCGACGGUAUCCACAGAUACUCAUCGAUAACCCAAGCCUGCAGCUAUUGCGUAAUCCCCAACUGUUCGAUUUUGGAUUCGACCAGUCAAAUGAAGCCAUGACUCGCGAACAGCUAGAAGUCAUAUCGAGAAAAUUUAACUUGAUUCUCAUAAUGGAGCACUUCGACGAAUCAUUGAUACUUCUUAGGAGAAAGCUGUGUUGGACUUUAGACGAUGUUGUCUACUUUAAACUCAACCAGCAAUUGGGGAAGAACGAGCCCACGAGUGCGCGUGUUCGGGAAAAAAUCCUCCAUUGGAUCAAAGAAGACGUGAUGCUCUACAAAUAUUUCAAUGCGUCGCUGUGGGAUGAGAUAAAAAGGGAAGGAGAAAGCUUUUGGAACGAAGUCGCGAUGCUCCGUAAAAGGAACAGGGAACUGAGUGCGGAAUGCCUGCGAACAGGUAUUUUCAUUGACAAACCGUACAAUAGUUCCGCAGCUGUGAUAUAUGGCUAUUCUCUCAAGCCGAACAUCUCAACUGCUUUAAAGUUAACCUGCGAACGCAUGGUGCGUCCUGAAAUGAAAUAUCUGGAAUAUUUUAGGACCGUCUCCAAAAGAUUACAACCAGGUUAA